CCCACUCACCCUUCCUUCCUCCUCGGCUCCGCCGUACGCGUUGAGCUGUGUGCGCGUUUAUAGCUGGCCUCUGUCCUCCUCCUCCUCACCGUCUCUCUCCCUCUGUCCCCGCACUCCACUCCCCUCUCCCCCUCUGACAGCGCCCGGCCAACCGGCGCGGAGAUCUCGCCGUCGCGCGGGAGAUGAGAUGAUGCGAGCCGCGCUACUCCUGCUCGUCGCCCUCGCCGCCGCCGCCAGGGCCGCGGCGUCGGGCUUCUCCGGCUAUGGAGGGGGCGAGGGGGCCGGAACGGCGGCGGCGGUGGAGGUGGAUCCGUCGUGGCAGUUCCCGAGCCGCCGCAUCGAGGACGCCUACGUCGCGCUGCAGACCUGGAAGCGCCACGCCAUCUUCUCCGACCCGAAGAACCUCACCGCCGACUGGGCGGGCCCGGACGUCUGCAAUUACACGGGCGUCUUCUGCGCGCCGCUGCCGUCCGACCCGCGCGUGCUCGCCGUCGCCGGCGUUGACCUCAACCACGGCGACAUCGCGGGCUACCUCCCGCCGGAGCUCGGCCUGCUCGCCGACCUCGCGCUGCUGCACCUCAACUCCAACCGCUUCUGCGGCAUGAUCCCGGGCACGCUCCGCCGCCUCAGCCUCCUUCACGAGCUCGACCUCAGCAACAACCGCUUCGUCGGGCCCUUCCCCGAGGUCGUGCUCGACAUGCCGGCGCUCCGGUUCCUCGACCUCCGGUUCAAUGAGUUCGAGGGCGGCGUGCCCAGCCGCCUCUUCGACAAGCCGCUCGACGCCAUCUUCCUCAACCACAACCGCUUCCGCUUCGAGAUUCCGGACAACAUCGGCAACUCGCCGGUCUCCGUCCUCGUCCUCUCGCACAACACCUUCGGCGGAUGCCUCCCCGCCAGCCUCGCCAACAUGUCCGGCACGCUCAACGAGAUCUUGCUCAUCAACAACGGCCUCGAGUCAUGCCUGCCGCCGGAGCUCGGCCGCCUGCGGGAGCUCACGGUGCUCGAUGUCAGCCACAACCAGCUCGCCGGCCCGCUCACGCAGGAGGUGGCGGGGCUGAGGAAGCUGGAGCAGCUCAACGUCGCGCACAACCUGCUCUCCGGGCCGAUACCACAGGCCGUGUGUGCUCUGCCGCGGCUCAAGAAUUUCACCUUCUCAUACAACUUCUUCACCGGGGAGCCGCCGGCGUGCGCGCGCGUCGUGCCUCGGGGCAGCGACCGGGACAACUGCCUGCCGAAUCGCCCCGCUCAGCGGACGCGGCAGCAGUGCGCCGCCUUCUAUGCCCACCCGCCCGUCAACUGUGCGGCGUUCCAGUGCAAGCCGUUCGUCCUGCCUUCGCCGCCUCCGUCCCCGCCCCCGCCGUUGCCAUCACCGCCACCGCCUUCUCCGCCACCACCAUCCCCACCGCCGCCAUCACCUCCUCCGCCUUCGCCAUCUCCACCACCACCAUUACCAUCACCACCCCCACCUUCACCUCCACCGCCAUCCCCGCCUCCA